AUGGAGCUUACAGAUAUUCUCUGGAGCUUUGACGACUGCAUCGCAAUAGAGACCUUUGACGAAGAAAAGUACACGGAGCUUCAAGCUCGAAAUGUCGCACCCGAGAUUUACAACAUUCUUGUGCGGAAGAAUAUUGAGCUUUUGUCAAAGAUUUCAGACUCAGACUCGCCACUGCGCAUCGUCCCGGAAUCACCGCCCACAUCGCCUCUGUAUCCCAUGUCGCCGUCUUCAUAUACUUGGCAGCUAAAUAGGAAGACGAACCAUGAGCCACUGGUAUUGGGAAGUCCAUCGUGGAGCGUCGGAGGAAACAAGUGUAUAUCCUGGGCAGCACUGGCCUCUGCCUCGGCGCCUACCGUCUCGCGAAGCAUACGAAUCCUAUGCUCUAUCAAGCCACCUGUCUUUUCUGAAAGCGUGUCAACUCAAGAAGCAUCGCCGCCGACUCAUACCCCGGCCAAACGCCAACCUCCAUCCAAAGCUGUUCCGCCGACUCCAGUGGGUCGCUUGCCGUCCAGCAACUGUGUUAUUGAUGAGUCCAGUUCUAUUCGUCGGUACAAAGGAUUUCGCUCCGGUGCGAAAGAAGUUCUGAAGGGAAACAGCGGUGUGAACAAGCCCAUGCAGAGGACGUUGUCGCGAGUAGUUGCGAAAUGUACCGGUUGCGCCAGGGAAUUGGACAACGAGCACACGGAAAAUGAUCAAUCUAACAGAGGCAAGGAAUAG